UGCUCACCCCGAGACAGAAUGUAGCUGCCUCACAGACAGAAUCUCUUUGCUGCAUUCGAAUCCCUCCCCAGAAGCCUCAGUGUUUUGUGUUUUAAUUCCAAGUGAACUUCCAGUUGGCAAAAGUGCAAGAAUGGAUUUCGAUCGUGUGCUGGAAAAGUGCGGGAACUUUGGCAGAUUUCAAUUUGUAAUACUCAUCCUCUAUGGCUAUACGAAUAUUCUCAGUUCCCUGCAUUAUUUCUCGCAAACUUUGAUUACCUUUACGCCAGAGCAUUGGUGCUCCCACGAUGAUCUGAUGGGCCUCAGUGCCGAGGAUCUGCGCUCUGUCUACUCCAAUGUCUCCCAUUCCUCGUGCACUCCACUCCAAGGCGUAAUCAAUGGCACUGGCAUACCCUUGGACUCCGCGGAGCUCUGCCAGGACUGGAUCUUUGAGCGUGAAAGUGGCUACGAGAGUCUCACCACGGAGCUGAAGUGGGUCUGCGACAAGUCGCACCAGCCGGCAGUGGGUCAAUCCUUCUUCUUUCUGGGCUCUGUCGUGGGCACCAUUACUUUUGGCUUUCUCUCGGAUCACAUUGGACGCCUGCCAGCCAUGCUGAUGGCCACUCUGUCCGGUGCCACGGGGGACUUUAUGACCUCCUUUGUGCACACCCUGCCGUGGUUUGCCUUCUCCAGGUUUGUGUCUGGCUUAUCCACGGACACAAUGUACUAUCUGAUGUACAUUUUGGUCUUUGAGUACUUGAGCCCCAAGCGCCGUACCUUCGGCCUGAACAUCAUUCUCGCUGUCUUCUACUGCUUUGGCCUGAUGACAUCUCCUUGGGCCGCCAUCUGGAUUGGUAACUGGCGUCGCUACCUCUGGCUGGCCUCGCUGCCCGCUCUGGGAGUCCUCGUGUAUCCGCUGCUCAUCUGCGAGAGCGCCCAGUGGCUGCUCACGAAGAAGAAGUACGACGAGGCGGUGGCCUGCCUCAAGCGAGUGGCCAAAUUCAAUGGCAGACAGGUGGAGGACUCAGUAUUCGCUGAGUUCGUGAAGCACUACCGCGAGAAGAUGAAUCAACAGACGCAAGUAAACAAACAGAGGGACACGUUCUUGGGCAUGUUCAGGACUCCACGACUUCGUCGGUUUACCCUAACUUUGCUGCUGAAGUCUGUCAUCAUUACCCUCUCGUACGAUGUUAUCAACCGCAACAUGGAGGGCCUGGGCACGUCUCCCUUCAAGCUGUUCUCCCUGACAUCCAGCGUGUACCUCCCAGCGGGCUUUGCCAUCCUACUGCUGCAGAACCGCAUCGGCCGCAAGGGAAUGGCCUGCGGAGCGCUCUUUGUGGGUGGCAUCAUCACUGCCGUCACGGGCUUCCUCAUUGCCUUCCUCGACCCCAAGGAGAAUGCCAUUCUGCUAGCCUGCAUGGUGGCUCUGGGACGCUUUGGCAGCACCGUUUCCUACGAUGCGGAGAUCCAGUAUGCGGCAGAGAUCAUUCCCACCAGCGUGCGCGGGCAGGCAGUGUCCAAUAUUCACGUGGUUGGACUGGCCUCCAGCUCGCUGGCAUUCUAUGUGAUCUAUCUGGCGCAGUACUACAAGCCACUGCCAUCGAUUUUCAUUAGCUGCUUGAUGUUCUUUGGCGCCGCUUUAUGUCUGUCUCUGCCCGAAACGCUGCACAAAAAACUCCCCGAAAGCCUGGCCGAUGGUGAGGUAUUUGCCAUGAACGAGAGCUGCUUUUACUUUCCCUGCUUCUACAAGCGCCGCAAUGGCCUCACAAAGCACGCGGAUCGCAAGUCUGAACCCAAGAGAACACUCCUCAACUGAUUGAAACUGAAUGAAACUGAUAAUCUGAUGAUAAACGAAUAACCUGAUGAUGAGCCCAGCAUAAGUGUUGGGUUUCGCCCGUAACUGAAUGGUCUGAUAGGUAGUAUUACUCAUGUGAAGCAUGCAUAGUAAUAGUAAACCAAAACCGUUGUUUAGAAUGCACUCUUAUAUGUAUCUUACAUAAAUAUCCCAAAUAUUGUAUACCACAAAACAGAACUGCUAAAUCUAUCAAUUUUCUUCACGUUUU